AUGAGCCGUUAUAAACAUUUCGAUGACGAUCUUAGUGCAGCCGAUUUAAAUGAAGCAGCUGUUUUACCUGAAUUAGAUGUUGAUGAACCACAUCAAUUAGAAUUUAAACCUCAACUUCGAAACUAUGCAUCGAAUACACUUUCUUCAGCAAAUAAAUUUAAUAUAAAUUAUUUUAAAAUUUAUUUCUCACGGCGAACACGGCUUGAACGUUAUUUAAUCAUAAUCGUUCUACUUCUUUCAUUUAUUUUAUUUGCAAGUUUUUCAACAUUAUUUUAUCAUCAACCAGAAAAACAACAUCGAGAUGAAAUUUGUUUAACAUCAGCAUGUAUACAAGUUUCAUCAUCAAUUUAUUCAGGAAUGAAUCAAUCGGUAAAACCAUGUGAUGAUUUUCAUGAAUUUGUAUGUGGGAAAUGGAUGAAAACAAAUGUUAUUCCAAAAGGUCAUUCAACUUGGUCAACAACGAAAGAAUUAGCUAAAAAAAAUCUUAUUAUACUUAAAAGUAUUCUUGAACAACAAAUCGUAAUAAAUAAUCCUUCGAAUAUAUUUAAUGCUGAACAAGAAGCAAUGAAAUUUUAUCAAUCAUGUAUGAAUAUAAGUGAAAUUGAAAAACAAAAAAUUGAUCCAUUAGAAAUAUUUUUAAAAAAUAAUUUAAAUUUAACAUUAAAUCAAUGGAUUAAUAUUGAUCAAAAUCAAACUUGGCAAGAUUUAUUUGUUUCAUUAACUAAAAUACUUGCAACGAAAUAUGGUUUUUCAUAUUUAUUACCAAUUUCUAUUGGACCGGAUGAUAAGAAUUCAACAUGGAAUGUAUUACAUAUUAAUCAACCUCAACUUGGUCUUGGUAGUCGAGAUUAUUAUGUAAAUUCAUCCAUGAAUAACCGAAGUGAUCCCGAUACUGAUACAAGAAAUAAAAUUAUUCGAGAGACUUAUAUUAAUGUUGGAGCUGAAUUAUUACAACUAAUUGGUUUCGAUAAAAAUCAAUCUGAAAAACGUAUUAAUGAUAUUAUGCAAUUUGAAUAUGAACUUGCCAUAGUUAGUUUACCAAUGGAAGCAUUACAAAAACCAAAUGAAACAUACUAUUUAAUGACUUUAAAACAGCUUCAAGAACAUUAUCAAUCACUUGGACUUAAUAUUUAUACAUUUCUUAAUGACAUGUUGAAUAUAAAUGGAUCAAAUCCAGUAAAACUGAAUGAAAAUGAUCAAGUUAUUGUUCUAUCAUUAGAUCUUAUGUCAAAUAUAUCAACAAUUUUAAAUAAUUAUCUAUUAACACCUAAUAAAAGUCAUAUUGUUAUUGAUUAUCUAAUAUUUUCACUUAUAUUCGAUAUAAGUUCACAUUUACCUCAUGCAUUUGAACAAAUAACAUUACCUUUAUUAAAAGAACUUUAUGGAAUGGAUUCAUUACCUGAAAGAUGGGAAUAUUGUGUUAAAGAAACUGAUGGAGCAUUUGGUUAUGGACUUGGUGCACUUUAUAUAAAAGCUGUUUUUGGUGAAAAAGAUCGUCAACAAGCAAAUGAUUUAAUUGCAAAUAUUCGUCAAAUGUUUGAUGAAAAUCUCAAUCGAAUUCAAUGGAUUGAUGAUCCAUCAAAAAAUGAAGCAAAACAGAAAUUAAAAAAAAUUGCAGAAAAAGUUGGUUAUCCGGAUUUUAUAAAUAAUAAAACAAAAUUAAAUGAACGUUAUGUUGGUUAUUCUAUGAUUGAAUCGGAAUAUUUUAAUAAUGGUAUUAAAAUAAUAGAACGUGAACGUCGACGAUCUCUUUUAAAAUUUCAACAAAAAGUUGAUCUUACAGAUUGGAGUAUGACACCACGAACAGUUAAUGCUUAUUAUUCACCAUCGGCUAAUGAAAUUGUUUUUCCAGCUGGUAUCCUUCAACCACCAUUUUUUCAUAAAGAUAUACCCAUAGCAAUUAAUUAUGGGGCAAUUGGAACAGUUAUUGGUCAUGAAAUCACUCAUGGAUUUGAUGAUCAAGGUCGAGAAUAUGAUGCGAAUGGUAAUAUGCGUUCUUGGUGGACUAAAUUAGCAUUAAAUCAAUUUGAAGAAAGAACAAAAUGUUUCGUUGAACAAUAUUCAAAAUAUACAUUCGAUGGACAAAGUGAAAAUGGACAACGAACAUUAAGUGAAAAUAUUGCUGAUAAUGGUGGUUUAAAAUUAUCUUAUCUUGCUUAUCAAAAACAUAAGCAACGUGCAUUAAAUGGUGGUAAUAAUCUUUCUUUACCCGGUUUACCGUAUAGCAAUGAUCAAUUAUUUUUUAUUGCCUUUGCUCAUAGCUGGUGCAGUUUAGAAACUCGAAAUGCAAUGCAUUUCGAUUUAGUAAAUGAUCCACAUUCACCAGCACGUUUUCGUAUUAUUGGUACUCUAGCAAAUAGUGUAGAAUUUGCUCAAGCAUUUUCAUGUCAAUCAAAAACAACUAUGAAUCCGAGUAAUAAAUGUCAUUUAUGGUAA